AGCUCCCCCCCUCUUCCGCCAUCGCGUCGCGAGCGGCGGCCAGAAAAAAAGAAAAAAAAAAACAACAGCGCGCCGCACCAAUCUCCCCUACCCUAUCGAUCGAGCCCGCGAGCUUUGAUCCGACAAUUUUGUCCAGGAAUUCAGUCUUAGUGCUAAUCCCUCGCCUGCCCGAUCUUGAGGCUAAGUGCUGCUGCCGCUGCGGUGAGAAACCCUAAGGAAUGGCGUUGGUGUCGACGGCGGCGGCGCCGGAGGGGGUGCUGCACCGGAGGAUAGAGUUCCACCUCGCGCGGAGGCCGCACGCCUCGGUGACCGUGGGGGGAGGCGGGUUCCGGAUGGAGACGCUGAACCCGGACGCCGCGGGUAAGGCCGGGGCCGGGGCGGCGGCGGGGAGCAGCGAGGGGGAGGCGAGGAGGCCGGAGAAGGGGGACGCCGGCGGGAUCGAUCCGGAGCUCAGCGUCGCCAGGAUCUACCUCGGGAGAAUUGGUGCUGGUUUGCAAAAUCUUGGGAACACCUGCUACCUCAACUCGGUGCUGCAAUGUUUGACGUACACGGAGCCAUUUGCGGCCUAUUUGCAGAGCGGGAAGCAUGGGUCCUCAUGUCGUACCUCUGGAUUUUGUGCAUUAUGUGCUCUGCAGAAACAUGUCAAGACUGCUCUACAAUCAACCGGAAAAAUAGUGACACCAUCACUUAUCGUCAAAAACUUACGCUGCAUUUCUCGGAGUUUCCGUAAUUCAAGGCAAGAAGAUGCACAUGAGCUAAUGGUUAAUUUGCUCGAAUCUAUGCAUAAAUGCUGCUUACCUUCUGGGGUACCAAGUGAGUCGCAAAGUGCUUAUGACAAAAGCUUAGUUCACAAAAUAUUUGGUGGCCGGCUUAGAAGUCAGGUGAAAUGCACACGGUGCUCACAUUGUUCCAAUAAAUUUGAUCCUUUCUUGGAUCUCAGUCUUGAUAUUGCCAAGGCCACAACUUUAGUGCGUGCACUUCAAAAUUUUACCGAGGAAGAGCUACUAGACGGGGGUCAAAAGCAAUACCAGUGUGACCGCUGCAGGCAGAAAGUUGUAGCAAAGAAGAGGUUUACAAUUGAUAAGGCUCCAAAUGUCUUGACAGUUCAUCUUAAGCGCUUCAGCCCUUUCAAUCCCCGAGAAAAGAUUGACAAAAAAGUGGAUUUCCAACCAGUUCUUGACUUGAAACCAUUUGUUAGUGAUUCUAAAGGUACAGAUUUCAAAUACAGCCUUUAUGGUGUCUUAGUUCAUGCUGGCUGGAAUACUCAAUCAGGUCACUACUAUUGCUUCGUUCGUACGUCCAGCGGGAUGUGGCACAAUCUUGAUGAUAACCAGGUGCGCCAAGUUCGUGAGGCAGACGUAUUGAAGCAGAAGGCUUAUAUGCUAUUUUAUGUGCGUGACAGUAUUCGGAACCCAGUGGUGCGCAGAGAUAAUAGCACUGCUAAUUUGCCCACAAAGAAAACCCCUGAAAAGAUCUCAACUCUUAAUGGCAUCACCCAAAGUAGUGUAAAAGCACAACAUUUGAAUGGUUCAUCUCCAUUUGGUGAUAAGACGCACAUCACAAGCAGCGGCUACUCUAGCAAUCUUGGCAAGUCUUCAGCAGGCCAUUUCUCGAAGAAUGAAGUCAAAGCUGAAGAUGUAGCAGCCUCCCAAAGCAAUGCCCCGCUUUCCACGCAAGCUCUUGAAUCUCGAAACAAUGGUGCUACCUUGCCCCUCAAAUCUAUGCAGUGUUCUGUAAAUGGCCAGAAGGCAGUGGAAACUAAGGGUGAUGCGGGGGGGAAUACUUCUGUUGCCUCUCCCAUGGUCAAUGGUGUUGGUACAUUGUCCAAGGCAGACAAACUAACUUCUCAGCCUCCAACAACUCCAUUUUCGAAGCCAGCUGCCCAUAUAAAUGACACAUCUGCAGGGUUUGCUGUGCAAACUCCAUCAAAGAAGGAUCCUAUUGUUUCGAAUGGCAUCGUGCCUGGCAGUGGAUCUCUUACUUCCAGUGAGAAAACCAAGGACUUGCCAGGAUCUGUGGAGCAAGCUAAUGCCAUUGCAAAGGCACUUCCUAUGAGCCAGGACAACACUGCACCAGAACUUGCACAAGUCACUUGUGGACAACAGGUCAGCUCUGGUGGUUCUGUGCAGGUUGCUGUGGCUGCUUCAUGCAAUGGCACCACAGCUAAAAAGGUGAAUUUGAAGUCAAAGAAGUUUGUGAGGUAUCCUGUUGUGAACAUGUGGUUAGGUUCCAAAAAACUAUUGGCUGCUUCACUAAAGCCAGGGAAGAAAACAAAACACACGAGAACUAGAAGACGUGCUGUGGUUUGCAAGGACAUGGCAAAUAUAUCUUGUUUAGGUGACAGUAUGAAUGAGCAGCUGACAUCAACAUCGGCAACUGCGCAAUCUGAAACCGUAGAACAUACAUCCGACUGUCGGAAACGCUCGCAUGCUAGCUCCAGGCCUGAAGAUGAUCCUCAAUCCUCAAAAAACAUGCAGAAGAUUGAUGGAGCUUGUGUUGGUACUGGUACAAGUGCACCUUCUGCUAAUGCUGACGUUCCAAAGUCCGGUCCAAGCUCUUCUGUAGAUCAGACACAAUCAAGGAAAAAUGUAGAUGCUAAGUUGGGAGCGCCCCAGCCUGUCAGUAUUUGGGCGUCAGACCUGAUGGAAGCUACUGUUCCGUCCUGGGAUGGCAUAGACAUGCCAAAUACCAAGGUUGCAGCGCAGCAAUAUUUAAAGCGCAAAAGCAUUGGUUACGUCUUAGAUGAAUGGGACGAGGAGUAUGACCGAGGGAAGACGAAGAAAGUCCGGAACUCAAAGCAAGAUUUCGGUGGGCCGAACCCCUUCCAGGAGGAGGCAGACUACAUAUCACAGCGGAGGUCGAAACAAAAAUCUUACCAAGGCAAGUCCUGGAACAAGCCUAACAUGACAGAACGGCUGAGAAUAUGAGAGACGUCCCCGAGGCGCACAGACUGCUGUUGUUACAUGUUGUAGCCCCCAUUCAUUGGUGAAGAAGAUUAAGUUAAACCAUUCAUUGUUGGUCCCGUGGCUAUGUAUGUUGUUUAAUUUAGCAAUUUUGACAGACAUUUGAACCGCUGUGUCCCAGCCAGCUGUAGUAACGUGUUCUGUAGCAAAACAAACAUAGUGAGGCAAUGGUUCUUUUUCCCAAUACCUAUUGUGUUUGUUGUUUACCGAAUAAUAUGAUCAGUUAUAGUAUGAUGCAAAUGCUUUCCAAUGCCAUUUUUA